CUUUUCCCUUCUUUACGCCGGUCGUUUAUCAUAGUAUAAUGAAAGCUUCAUUCCUUCUUGCUUCUCUCUUUGCUACCCUUUUGACAGCUCAAGCUGCUCCUCUCGAAACUCGCUCAUCCAUGUCUGGUAGUGGUACAUACUACGAUGUUGGCUUAGGCUCCUGUGGACAUAAAAACUCAAAUAGCGACAUGGUUGCUGCUCUUUCUUCUGAUCUAAUGGAUGGCGGUAAACUCUGUGGAAAAUCAAUCACGGUCAAGAGCAAGAAAGGAUCCGUCACUCUUACCGUCGUAGACACUUGUCCUAGCUGCGACAGUGGUGAUGUUGACAUGAGCAGUGCUGCAUUCAAGAAACUUGGUUCGCUGGACGAAGGACGUAUUCCCAUCACUUGGUCUUAUUAAACCCCUCCUUUUUUGCAUAUCAUAUAGCUGGUCUUUUUUUUUUCAUAAACAAGCAUUGUUUCAUUUUAACUAGAAUUCAAUAAAUACUUU